AGGAGAGCGUUCGGGACUACAGCAAUCGACGUGCAGAAGGACACUACGGUAUCCUCCAGGUGCCGAGCACUGCGUCCAGGGCACAGAUCAAGGCGCGUUCUUUUCCGCCACCCUAUCUUAGCCGUAUUCGUACUGAGGCUCGAGCAGUCAAGCUAUUACAAGGUGAGCACCAGUCGACUGAGGUGGGCGCGUGAAGCUGAGACGUCCUACGGACUGCAUGUAGUUGAGCAAGCAGUAUCAUCCAGAUGUAAACAAGGAUCCGGGGGCGAGGAGACGUUCCACGCCGUGAGCGAGGCGUACGGCGUGCUCGGGGAUGAUCGCAAGCGGAGAGCGUAUGACCGUUCGAUGGCGCAGUCCAGUAGUGGCCCGUCGCGCACAUACGCCUCCGGACAAGACUCGCCCUACUCGCACUGGUCGUACGACACCCGUCGACGGCGGGGCGCAACCUACGCAUGGGAACACUCACACCGACCAUCGCCCGGCCCGGGCUCAUACACACGUCCGCCUCCAGGACGGCACUACGAGCGACCGCAGGGCCCCGACCCAUUCGCGAACCCGCACGUCCGGCGCGCGACGGGUACGGGGCACGAGAGGGCGGCGGGCGCGGAGGCCAGGGCGGAAGCAAGGGCACGGGAACAGAACCGGGUGCAUAGCGAGAGUGCGUUAUUGCGCAUUAUACAAGUUGUGGGUGUCGUACUCGUGGUUGCAACUGUGGGCGGAGGCGUCUCUGCGUCGACAUAGGCAGCCGGGACCGGAACGAUAGUUGCUACUGAAGGUUUCGCAUGAUGCAUGAUGUCCCGUACUGUACACUGCGAACCUGCUGCACUGUAUGAUAGACCACUCGACCAACUGAUGUAGUAACAGAACAAGCGUGCUUUGAGUCAUCACUGCCUAUUUGGUAGUCCUACUCUAUUCAACAAGGAUCAGUAAGUUUGCUAG